AUGAAAAUAAUAGAUUCUACAUUAUUGAUUUUGGCAUUAGUAAGGCAUUUAUGCGUAAAAAUGGAGCCCAUUUAUCGAUAACCCUUUAUUGGAACUUCUCGUUAUGCUUCGAUUGCAGCCCAUAAAGGAAAUGAACUAGGAAGGAAGGACGAUUUGGAAUCUUUAAUUUACAUCUUAUUGUACUUUAUUAUUGGUAAUUUACCAUGGCAAAACAUGAAGCAAAUUCCAGGUGACUAAAAAGUACUAUAAGUUGGUGAACUUAAGUAAAAACUGACUCUUGAAUUGUUUAAGAAUUUACCUGAAGAACUGAAAAAAAUAUAUGAAUAUCUGCGUAAACUCACGUAUGCCACAGAACCAGAUUAUAAAUCAAUUGUUAAAUUAUUUUAAUAAGCUGCGAAAAAUGGCAAAAUAGUAAUUGAUUCAAUGUAUGAUUGGGAUAUCCAAAACACUGCUCAAACAGAAAUGUUUUCUCGUUAUGGAACAAUUUAAUUUGAUGAUAAUUUCUUGAUUGAUCAAUAUCUAUCAAAUUAAUAAAUUAAUGUGAAAUAACAUCAUAUUAAUCCUAAUAAGAGAAAAACCUUUUGUCCAUCUCUAAUUAAAUAAACCUUUAAUGAAAACAUUAUUUAAAUGGUCAAAGAUUCAAGUAGAUAAAGUAAUGGUAGUAAUAGUGCCAUGGGGAAUAUAGAAGAAAUGUACCAAUUAUCAAAGGAUGAAAUAAGCGAAGACUCUCAAUAAAUAAUCCCAGAAGAAGGCUAAUAGGAUUUAAGUUUAAGAGUUAAAACGUUGCCUGAUUAUUUGAAAAAGCCUAAGAUCAAAUAAAGACAAAAUCAAACCCUCGUUUUUGAUGACGAUUGGGUAAUUGACUCAGGUACACAUUUAGUGGAUAAUUAUAAAAAAUUAUAAUCUUUGAGUAAUCAAAUGACUGCUGUUUUUCAUCAUAAAUAAAAGUGA